CAAUGGCAUCCUCGCUGGUUUCAAGGAGAUUGUACAGAAAAUGUUUUCAACAGGGCCGAUGCGUCAUUCAAGGGAGACAAUUUAGAACUCCCAUCAACAGUAAAUGGGCGCAGCCAAACUUAGAGAGGAUCACUCUGAACCAUAGACUAUUUCACUCCAGUUCAGUGACUUAUGGAGACAUUGAACAAUUCAAACUGUCCGACAUUGGGGAGGGAAUUCGAGAGGUCCACAUCAAGGAAUGGUUUGUGACAGUGGGAGACCAUGUGAAUCAGUUUGACAGUAUAUGUGAAGUCCAGAGUGAUAAGGCCUCAGUGACAAUCACUAGUCGAUAUGACGGCUACAUCAGACGGCUAUAUUAUGAUGUGGAUGAUGUUGCCCUCGUUGGACAGCCUCUAGUGGACAUUGAACUUGAUGAUGGAUCUUCUUCCAGUUCAAGUUCUGAAUCUGUCGAUAGUGGGAACGCCUCCUCAGACGAAGAGUUUUUGGGUCACAAGGUCAAAGGUAAAAGUGCUCUGGCCACACCUGCUGUCAGGAGGCUUGCUAUGGAAAACAAGGUUGACUUGAGAGAUGUACCAGGAACAGGUAAAGAUGGCCGAGUCUUGAAGGAAGAUAUCUUAGCCUUCAUUCAGAAUAAACACGCUGCAAAGGCUCCAAAAAUGACUGCUCCUCAAGCACCAGCCCCAGUCCAGAAAGCCCCUCCCCAGAAAUUGUCCCCUCUACCUACACCAGUCAAGAGGGAGACAAUUGCUGUAGGGAAAGAUUACACUGAAGUCAUCAAAGGAAUCCGUAAAGCCAUGGUGAAGACGAUGACUCAGGCAGCGCACAUUCCUACAUUUGGGUAUAAUGAUGAGGUGGAUAUGUCCAAACUAGUCGAGCUCCGCAGCGACAUUAAGAGUGUGAUGGAGAAAUCCGAGGUCCGCUUCUCUUACAUGCCAGUUAUCAUCAAGGCUGUAUCAUUAGCUUUAUCAGAAUAUCCAAUCCUAAACUCGAGUGUGGACGAAAAUUGUGAAAACAUUACAUACAAGGCAGCACAUAAUAUUGGCAUUGCCAUGGAUACGCCAGAGGGCUUGGUGGUCCCCAGUGUAAAGAACGUCCAGUCUCUGAGUAUUUUUGACAUAGCUGUGGAACUGAAUCGUCUCCAAGCACUAGGAAUGGCAGGAAAACUGACCAAUGCUGAGUUAACUGGGGGGACUUUCUCUCUGUCUAAUAUUGGAGUGAUAGGAGGAACUUAUGCCAGGCCUGUGAUAUUACCACCAGAGGUGGCUAUAGGUGCAUUAGGAAAACUACAAACAUUACCUCGCUUUGAUGACAAGGGUAACAUUAUCAAAAAACAGAUCAUGUGUGCCAGCUGGUCAGCAGAUCACCGCAUCAUAGAGGGCGCUACAAUGGCUCGCUUCUCCAAUCUGUGGAAGUCGUACCUAGAGAACCCGAGUCUGAUGCUUCUCUAUCUGCGAUGAUGUUUGUGUUUAUUGUCUCUCUCUUCAUUUGCUCAGCAUAUUGUGAAGCCAUAUCAAUGACGUAAUAAACCGUACUCCAGUAAAUCAGACACAGAUCUGACAUUUCUGAGGACAUUUUCAAAGAAAUUAUCAACUGAAAAUUCAGUAUUGAAAUUCUGUAGAAGAUGAGACUUUCAUGUACUCUUUUAUGAUGUUUGUUCUACAAAAAAGACACGAUUUGUGCCAGCAUGUAGUAAUUUAUGUUGGUUUUCCAUCGUUACAUCAAAAUCUGUGUACUCUUUUUACAUGUGUAUCACAACGCAGGUAGUAUGUGUACUGUACAUGUAAAUUAUUUACUCGUGUGAAGACGGGCAAGGUCAGGGUUGAAUCUCAUUCAGUCAGUUGUGUGGAUUGCUUUGAUGUAAAUAAAAUCAGGUAUAGAGUGAG